AUGGACAUCCCUGAAGAAAACACACCUGAGAAGAUCAAGACUGCCAUCAAAGCCCACAGGCCGGAAGGGAGCAAGUCUGGGAAGAUUGGACUCAUAAAUAUUGUUUAUGUCGUCGAAGCUUGGCGAAGGCAGAAAAUUGCAUCGACACUUUUGUCUGUAACCUUCAAGGAG